AUGCUGUCCACGCUGUCGGGUGGGGAUCGCGCUCGCGAGCUCACGGAGGCGGCGUGGUCGUCUAGGGUAGAAGUCUCUUGGGUCGACGGCACCGGCUCGUAA